GACCGAUUUUCCUGUUGUAUUUCACUGUCGACUCUCACACAGACACACACACAGGACUGCUCCAGCUCUGCCUGCCACCCACCACCUGGUCUUAGUGGCCUGCCUAUCAUUUUGUGGAAGCCCAUCCUCUACCUACAGCGAUGUUUCUUCAAAGAGAACUAGUGUGCAGUCCGUUGAUAGCUGAUCAGCUUCCUUGGAUUUUGCUGAUGACCCCGGAGAGUUUUGCCUGAAGAUGGAAACACUGGAGUCGGAGCUGACCUGUCCUAUUUGUCUGGAGCUUUUUGAGGACCCUCUCCUGCUUCCCUGUGCACAUAGCCUCUGCUUCAACUGUGCCCACCGCAUCCUGGUCUCUCACUGUGCCACCAACGAGCCUGUGGAGUCCAUCAACGCCUUCCAGUGCCCCACCUGCCGGCAUGUCAUCACGCUCAGCCAGCGAGGUCUAGACGGGCUCAAGCGCAACGUCACCCUACAAAACAUCAUUGACAGGUUUCAGAAAGCAUCUGUGAGCGGGCCCAAUUCUCCCAGUGAGACCCGCAGGGAGCGGGCCUUUGACGCCAACACCAUGUCCUCUGCCGAGAAGGUUCUUUGCCAGUUCUGUGACCAGGAUCCUGCCCAGGAUGCUGUGAAGACCUGUGUUACUUGUGAAGUGUCCUACUGUGAUGAGUGCCUGAAAGCCACUCAUCCGAACAAGAAGCCCUUUACAGGCCAUCGUCUGAUUGAGCCAAUCCCGGACUCGCACAUCCGGGGGCUGAUGUGCCUGGAGCACGAGGAUGAGAAGGUGAAUAUGUACUGUGUGACCGAUGACCAGUUAAUCUGUGCCUUGUGUAAACUGGUUGGGCGGCACCGCGAUCAUCAGGUGGCAGCUUUGAGUGAGCGCUAUGACAAAUUGAAGCAAAAUUUGGAGAGUAAUCUCACCAAUCUUAUUAAGAGAAACACAGAACUGGAGACCCUUUUGGCUAAGCUCAUCCAAACUUGUCAACAUGUUGAAGUCAAUGCAUCCCGUCAAGAAACCAAAUUGACAGAAGAAUGUGAUCUUCUCAUUGAAAUUAUUCAGCAAAGAAGACAAAUUAUUGGAACAAAGAUUAAAGAAGGCAAGGUGAUGCGACUCCGCAAACUAGCUCAGCAGAUUGCAAACUGUAAACAGUGCAUUGAAAGGUCUGCAUCACUCAUCUCCCAAGCAGAACAUUCACUGAAGGAGAAUGACCAUGCCCGUUUUCUACAGACAGCAAAGAAUAUCACUGAGAGAGUCUCCAUGGCAACUGCAUCCUCCCAGGUCCUAAUUCCUGAAAUCAACCUCAAUGACACAUUUGACACUUUUGCCUUAGAUUUUUCCCGGGAGAAGAAACUGCUAGAAUGUCUGGAUUACCUAACAGCUCCCAAUCCUCCCACAAUUAGAGAAGAGCUCUGCACAGCUUCCUAUGACACCAUCACUGUCCACUGGACUUCGGAUGAUGAAUUCAGUGUGGUCUCUUAUGAACUCCAGUACACCAUAUUUACUGGACAAGCCAAUGUCGUUAGUCUGUGUAACUCGGCAGAUAGCUGGAUGAUUGUGCCCAACAUCAAGCAGAACCACUACACUGUACAUGGCCUACAAAGUGGCACCAAGUAUAUCUUCAUGGUCAAGGCCAUCAACCAAGCUGGCAGCCGCAGCAGUGAGCCUGGGAAGUUGAAGACAAACAGUCAGCCAUUUAAACUGGAUCCCAAAUCUGCUCAUCGAAAACUGAAGGUGUCUCAUGACAACCUGACUGUGGAACGUGAUGAGUCAUCAUCCAAGAAGAGUCACACACCUGAACGCUUCACUAGCCAAGGGAGCUAUGGAGUGGCCGGAAAUGUGUUCAUUGAUAGUGGCCGUCAUUACUGGGAAGUGGUCAUAAGUGGAAGCACAUGGUACGCCAUUGGCCUUGCUUACAAGUCAGCUCCAAAACAUGAAUGGAUUGGGAAGAAUUCUGCUUCCUGGGCCCUCUGCCGCUGCAACAAUAACUGGGUGGUGAGACAUAACAGCAAGGAAAUCCCCAUUGAGCCAGCCCCCCAUCUCCGACGCAUAGGCAUCCUGCUGGACUAUGAUAAUGGCUCAAUCGCUUUUUAUGAUGCUUUGAACUCCAUCCACCUCUACACCUUCGAUGUGGCGCUUGCGCAGCCUGUGUGCCCCACCUUUACUGUGUGGAACAAGUGUUUGACGAUUAUAACUGGUCUUCCCAUCCCAGACCAUUUGGACUGUACAGAACAGCUACCUUGAGUACCCCAGCCCCAGAGCAGCCCAAGGAAUUACAAAGGUUGAGGCCACUGUUUAGGGGAUUGAGAAAUUAAGGCUUCAAGAGUGUGAUGAAAUAUCCCCCAACUUGUCCAGAAACGAGCUCAGAUAGUGCUCCACAUGGGAGAUUUCCUUCCUUUUACUGUGUUUUGUAUUAA